UAGUUGUAGAGGGCAGUGUGAUAGUUAGGAAAAUCAGCUGUUUAGAAACGAAAACAAAACGUAAACGUUUCAUAUUUUUGUUAAUUUAUUAUUUCUAAAACGUGAUUAUUUAAAAAAGAGCAAAAAUGUCGUAUAUGUUAUCACAUCUUCAUAAUGGCUGGCAGGUAGAUCAGGCUAUUUUGUCCGAGGAGGAUCGAGUUGUCGUGAUUCGAUUUGGUCACGAUUGGGAUCCAAUGUGCAUGAAAAUGGACGAGGUACUUUACAAUAUUGCUGAGAAGGUGAAAAAUUUUGCCGUCAUUUAUUUAGUUGACAUCACUGAGGUGCCGGAUUUUAAUAAAAUGUACGAAUUAUACGAUCCAUGUACAGUGAUGUUUUUCUUUCGCAAUAAACACAUUAUGAUUGAUCUUGGCACUGGCAAUAAUAAUAAAAUAAAUUGGACACUGGAGGAUAAACAGGAAAUGAUUGACAUUAUUGAGACAGUAUAUCGUGGCGCAAGAAAAGGACGAGGUUUAGUAGUUUCACCAAAAGAUUAUUCUACAAAAUAUCGAUAUUAAUUUAUUGUUGCGUUUCUCUUUUUUAAUACGAAAUAACAUUAAUUAAUAAUAAUAAUAGUUCAAUAUUAUUAUUUAUUAUGCAAAUAUAAUUAUUAAUAAAUAAAUAUUAAUAAAUUUUCAAAAUUAA